CUUAAAAUUAUCUCUGCGGCUCAGGGGCAUUUAAAACCUGCAUUUAUUCAGCACCUGUGUGUCUACCAGAGGCCCGUUUAAUCCCUACAAACCAGCAAGAACUACAAACGCCCUCCAGGCGCCUUUCAAGCAAUAAACAAUGAAGAUUGAGAACAGCCUGACUUGCCUCCCUGAGGUGCCUCCUCAUACUGAACUGCAGUUUACUGUGGCUACCGAGGAAGACUUUGAUGAUAUCAUGGCCAUGAGCCAGGAUAUCUAUGGUGGUUUAGACUACCUUCCCACCCGCUAUCAGUCUUGGUUGCAGGAAACCAACCGUAUUGUCAUCCUUGCUCGCAAACAAGGCAAAGUGAUUGGGCUUGAGUCCGUAUGUGUUAUUGAUGAUGGAGAAACUAUGCUGGUGGAAGGGCUCCGUGUGGCCCCACAGGAGAGGGGCAAGGGAGUUGCGCGAGUGUUGCUUCGCUUCUGCAAUCAGCUUGUUAAAUCCAAGUAUCCUGAAGUUAAAGUGAGCAGACUGACCAGAGAUGACCAGCUGGGGCCCAAUGACUUCAAGAAGUACAGGCUCAUCACUAAACAGGGAAUCCUGCUGGUACGCUUCCGUGCCGAAGACCUAAAGUUAUGCCUCGCUGAACUUGGGCUUAAUGUGGGUAUUGAAGGAGAUAACAUGGCUCCUUCCAGCACCCCAGUGAGGUUAGAGGCUCCGGAUGUCCAUCAGCUUUUUUUGAGCAGUGAUGCUAUGCAGGAUGUGCUCCCCAAUGGCACCAUUGUGCAAGACUGGCAGCCCUUCAAGCCCAUUCCAAGCAACAUGGAGAUCCUGUUGAAGAAAGACAUUGAUUGGAUGGUGGAUGACACCCAAUGCCCAUCUAUGGCCAGCCUGUGCACGUUCCCCUUUCGUGUACCUAUUGGCGACAACUGGUACUACCUCAACAUUGACAUGUUUGGCAAAAAUUUGGCUCUGGCUGUACAACAGCUUCUAGGUCACCUGAGGCGUCACACUAGCACACUGAAGGGUCAUGUGAUGUGCCAGGUUUUCCUGGACCCACCACUGUGGAAGCCAAUGGCUGAUUUUUUCAGGGAGACCCUAAAAGUAGAGCUGGUGAAAGAAUACACAGAGCAAUGUGUAGUGGAGUCUGACUUGGUGUAGCAAGAGGAGGGCUUUUGGCUAGUUAGAGGUUUGAGACACCCUACACCUGGAGGCCAAGUGUUAGAAAUUAUAAGCGCUUUGACAUCACUCAAAUGGUUUCCUUACAUACUUUGCCCCAGAACAAAACCUUUAUCCUUCAUAUACAGAUAAACUGAGGAUUAAAGCAUAAUUUAAGAAGUUAAGUUUAAUUUAGAAUUAGUUUAAUAAUGCCUCAUGACUGCAAAAAUUAAAGCAACAAUUUGUUAAAAUAGAAUAAAUAUGCAACAAGAAAAUUUGUUAGGAUACUGACCAUAUUGUAGAAUGCAGUACAGUGUGUGUAUAUGUGUGUAUGUGAAUUAACACAUGCUGAGCUGCAAAUAAGACUGCACAAUCUUUAGGCACUUUAUGAUUAUCUAAAUGUAAUAUCUUACUAUUGUUAGUGAGAUUUUUGCUUUAGAGGCUGUUUUGUCUGAAUGUUGUACAGUAGCUGCUAAUUGUAACAUUUUUAUUGCUCAUACACUUACGAUAUUACCCAUAAUAAGGUGAAGAAAUCUUUCUGUUCUACUUACUCAUAUUUUUGUAGUGGUGUUUACUCUGGGAAAACCGAUUUUAUUCAACAUAAAACGUAAAAAAAUGUUGAGUUACUGGCAUUUACUGUAAUUACAUGCAAAAUAUAUUAUGAAUAUUGGACAUAGUUUUAGAUAAGUCCUUCUUUUGUGGACUGAAAUUGUUUACUAGCAUUACUAGCAAGUUUAUAAGCUAUAAAACAAGAUGUAAUAUGUAUGUAGCAUAUUCACUACAGUUAUGCUAGUAAAUAUUUUGGGGUAGCUUAUGUAAUUAAACAUAAAUAAACAAAUAAUGACAUAUAGCCAACAGAUUUGAAUUUUGGUUAGUACACUUUUUUAAAUGAAUCAUCACUGCAAGUAUUUAUUAAAUAUGCUAAUAAAACGGUUUAGUUAUGUUGUUCUCAUUAAACUGACAGAUUUUAAUUAAGUGAACAGGGGGAAAAAGAAUUUAGGGAUAGACAUAAUCAUUAUAAUUAAUACUUACUGUUAAUGGGGUUUUGUUAGCAAUCCAUUUGAGAAGAUCUCAAAAGCACCUUUUGAAUACAUAUGAAGAGCCUCGUAUUUUUGUCCACCAACAGAUAUUUUUUUGUGGACACAUAAACAAAUUUUUUAUUUUUUUGGUCAUCAACUAGUGCACCAGCUCAUUCCACAAUUAAUUGCUCACUGCCUCAGUGGAUUCAACCCACUUAUUAGGACACACCCAGAACAUGAAAAACAGUUGCAUUGGUAAUCAAGAACCUGACAGCCAUUUUUAAUUGAAGUAAAUAAGGAGAUUUUCUAACAUGCUAACACCUGUGAAACAUUUUUUACCAUUUCCCAUAUUUGAAGCCUCAACGGGUAUACAGGACACUGAAAAAACAGGGACAGCCACAAACCCAAAUUCCACUCCAUCUGUUACUGGGGGAGUUUGCUGAGGAAUUGACUGCUGAGUAUUUAUAAAUAGCAUGCAAUGCACGACAGUCCUAAGCCUCUUGCUGGCACUGCAGUACAAAGAAACACAAAGAACUGAUGAAAACCAACAGAAACCAAGCAAAGGAGGUUAUUGAUCAGCAAAGGAAGAAGGUCUUUUUCCAUUUUCAGAACAUUCAAAACAUCCAAGAAAGCACUGAGGGGCGCUCCACAGUCUGCACAAGCAGUUAUAUAAAAUUAUAUAACCCUCUCUGCCUUCUUCCCCUUUCUGGCAAAAUGGAUACUGGGUGAGUUUUCCAAAAGCAUUGCAAAAUCCAAAGCCCAAUUGGGGAAGUGUGUCCAAUGAGUUGCAAUGCUUUUGGGGAAACUCAACACUGGUUGUCAAAUUUUAAGAGUAAAUUGUUGUUUGUCAGCAUAUACAACCAACCAUAAUGUCCAUACUGGCCCCAUGGCAAUGAUUUUUUUUAAUUGGCUGUAAAAAUUAUGUAAUGGGUAUAAAUGACAUUCUGAAACCAUGUGCUAAAUAACACACUACAUAAGAUAUUUCUGCAGGAAAAGCGCAGAAAUUGCUAAAGUGGUGCUUUAAACUCUAUACCAUGUUAACACAUGUUAACAACCAAUUCUCCAGAAAAAACAAUUAAUGGCAAAUUAUGAAAAAAUUCAUUAAAAAAUCAGGUUUCGCUUUAUUCCAUGUAAAUGUACUGUAGUUAAAAGAAAGGCAAUGGCUACUAAAUUUGAAUCCAAAUCAUUUCAAAUGUUUCAUUUGAGCUUGUUCUUAAGAAUUAACAUGUUGCUCUAAUAUAUCAAUCAACAGAAUGUUUCUUUAAGGUACUGCAAGGUUUUGUCUUGAAGGAGACAGGUGGGUUUUGUAUUUUAAACAGUAAUGUUCGGCUGAUGGGGAAAAGAGCUUUUCUUCCCCACCUUCCAUUGGACUGCAUAAUAUGUUUUUAUGUCCAUUAUGCACAAUCCAUCAAAUGUCAUAAACUCUCUUAAUUUCAUUCUUACAUAAGAAGUGUGAAAGAAAUGUCAUCUGACUAAAUAUAAACUAUUUAUUUAAUUCACUUUAUAACUGCUUCGAUAUAUCACGAGGGACCAUCAGUGGAAAAUAAUUCUUUUAAACUUUAACCCUUCAUGCAACAUCCAGUUACAUUUAAUUCUGUCAGGUUCUGACAGUUUUUAAGCAAUUUCUUCAUUAUUCAUUAUAGAUUGUGUACAAAUCAAUAAGUGUACAAACAAACAGACCAGAAAAGAGCAACAUGAAAUAAAUAAACUUCUGUUUCAAAACCCGAAAAAGAUAAACAGAAUAAAAGGUUACAUUCUAUAUGAUUAGGGCGGAAUUUAUUUUAAUGGUGUGAAGAUUGAUUAAUCUUCAUUUUUCAUGCAGACAAUAGAAAAUAUAUUAUCUUUAAACAAUAUGUUGCAGUUUGUAAGUUGUGUGCUUUAAUAGGAAAACAGUCACAGUUUUAUUACUAAUUUAUAGUAAACCAUCAUUUUAUGGACAUUGGGAAAAAUUGCAAAUGACUGCAGGACAUCUUCAGGGUCCAUAUAGACCUCGUGGGAAUGUCUUUAGGACCCAUUUAAGCUGUAAAAAUGCAAAUAAAAAUCCAAGUCCUCAUACUAAAAUCCUCUAUGCUAAACUAUAUAUAUAUAUAUAUAUAUAUAUUAUGAUUUAGACACCAUAAAGACUGCAAUCCUUUUUAAGCACACAUCAUUUUGCUGAAGAUUUUGUACUCAGUUUUCAGUGUGGGGUUAAAGGACUCCCAGGGCCCAUGAACCACAGCCACGGGGUUGUAUUUUUUUAAAUAUCGUUGCAUUGGUGAAAAUAACAAUCAGAGUUAUUACAAGAGUUAUUAAAUAUAUACAAAGGCAUACAAAUUUAACCCGUUCUGAGACC